AUGAAACCGUUGCGCGAGUUCUUCAUCCCCUCCAUCCACGACGGAACCCGGCUGAGUUGCCGCAUAUAUCAGCUCCAUGGCAUAGACUACCAGACACAACCCGCCAUUAAAGCUGCCAUUGUCGCGCAUCCGUAUGCCUCGCUCGGAGGAAAUAACGACGAUCCAGUUGUCGGCUCGAUUGCGGCGGAGCUGGUACGCAAGGGUUAUAUUGUGCUUACUCUGAAUCUUCGUGGCGCAGGUUAUUCAGGCGGCUCGACGAGCUGGACUGGAAAACCUGAAAUGGGAGACUACAUUUCUGCAUACGGCUUCAUGCUGAAAUAUAGCCAACUUCUAGCCCCAGGGAAACCAGUUGAAUUAGUUCUAGCCGGAUAUUCAUAUGGAUCGAUGAUAGCAUCACAUCAACCGGACGUCGAAAACGUGAUAUCCAUAUUCAGUAAACCGACCGGCGACUCAAUCGCUGCUCGGAUUCUUGUCAAAGCCAAGAAACUGGUCGCCGGCGAGCCCGAAGAGACUGAAGAAGAAUACUACGCUACUGAAGAGGUGCAAUUAGACGAGGAUACAGCUAGCGACCUACCAGCAGCAAAAAUAUCGUUUCUUUUGGUUUCGCCGAUUCUCUCAUAUGCCCUGGGAUUUGUGACGCUCUGGGGCAAUUUGACGAAAUUGUCGGUUCAGGGACAUAAUAUCGUCACUCCGGUUCUUGAAGAACGACUGCCAAAAGUUCCAUCUUUGAUUAUUUACGGCACCGACGAUAUGUUCACAUCCGAGAAGAAGCUGCAAAAUUGGACGAAGAAAUUAAAAGAUGUGCCGGAAAGUCAAGUUGAUGCGGUGGAAAUUCGGAUGGCAGGACAUUUCUGGGUAGAGCCGUCGUUUCAUCAACAGUUGAGACAGGCUGUUGAUCGAAACCUCGCAUGGAUUGCAGGGAGUCCUGAGCACAGACAGCGCUCCGCGCAUCGACCAAUCAUGACCACAUUUCGAGAUCCGACGUCGGUACACGCGCAAAUACACAAAAAGAAGAGUCUGCGACUUGAUCAAUCGCGAAACGCCGAAAAUGGUGCCGCCAAGUCAUCCCGGCUCGCAAAGAGAGCCUCUAUUGCAGGCUUUUCGUCGCUGGUUAAGGAUGGCGUUUCGUGGGCCGGUGAUCGGCUGAAUACCUACAGAGAUGGGCUGUCGCGGGAAGCGCGGGAGGAAAAGGUGCGACGGGAGAAUCGGAAACAGCUGUUGUAUCUGAAGAUGCAAAAUGCUGUCUCGUUUGAGGAAUGGCGCUCGUGUGCCUGCGAAUUGGAUGAACUUGAAGGCAACAACAAGUGGAAGGAAACCUUGGAAUCCGACGAAUAUAAUCCAGCCCUGGUUUUGGAACGAAUGAGAGAGCUAGAAGAUGCGCGAAUCAGCUGUGAUGUCAGUCGCAUGCUUUUCCUCGUCCGAACAGCGCUAUCAAGGGAUUUGGGAAACAUGAGCAGCGUCACAUUAUACCGGCAUUCGCAUAUCGGGACCAAAAACCUCAUCGAUGAAUAUAUCACUACGGCCCUUAAUACGAUAUCAACUCUUUUAGACUUAUCUGGCAACGACCGAUGCGACUCUGCCGAGAUGCAGUACAUUCUAGAUCAACUACUGUCAUCACGACAGGCAUUCGGCCGCAGUGCUAUUUCGUUAUCAGGAGGCGGAACCUUUGGCAUGAACCACGUCGGGGUUAUCAAGGCGUUGUGGGAAGCGAAACUUGUUCCUCGAAUUAUUUCCGGUGCAUCCGCUGGGAGUAUCGUCGCAUCUAUAUUCUGUGCCCAUACAGAUGAUCAGAUUCCUGCAGUUUUGGAGGCUUUCCCCUAUGGGGAUCUGGCUGUUUUUGAGCCAGAAGGAAACCAGCUGCCACCGUUGCAAAAGAUGGCCCGACUUCUGAAAUAUGGUUCCGUGUAUGAUAGCUCGAAUUUGGAGCGAGUGAUGAGAAAUUGGCUGGGAGACAUGACAUUUCAUGAAGCCUACAACCGCACGCGAAAAAUUUUGAAUAUAUGCAUCUCGAGUGCUGGUCUCUACGAGCUUCCACGAUUAUUGAACUAUAUUACAGCACCGAAUGUGCUGAUAUGGUCUGCGAUUACUGUAUCAUGCUCGGUACCCUUUGUAUUCUCGCCAUCUGUGUUGAUGGCCAAAGAUCCUCUCACGGGAGAAAAUGUACCCUGGCACGACGAUCGUGGCCAGUGGAUUGACGGCUCUGUCGACGGAGACUUACCCAUGACUCAUUUGGCGGAGAUGUUCAAUGUUAAUCAUUUCAUCGUUUCCCAAGUCAACCCUCACGUCCUCCCUUUCUUAGAAAGAGAGACUGGCCCAGGAAAAGACGACCAGCGGCAAGCUUGGUUCAGUUCUCCCUGGCUAAAUGCAAUGACGAAUCUCGCACGAGACGAGGCUUUACAUCGUAUGAAUGUAUUUUCGGAAAUGGGCGUUUUCCAAAACGAGUUUAUGAAGACAGCCUCAAUCCUGAGUCAGAAGUAUUCGGGCGAUAUCAAUAUAUACCCGGAGAUUCCGUACACACAUUUUUUACGCAUCCUUCAGAAUCCAAACACUGAAUUUAUUCUACAAACGUGCCUGAAAGGCGAACAAGCGACCUGGCCGGUGAUUUCCCGCGUGCGGAAUCACCUCGCCAUUGAGUUAGCUCUCGACUCGGCAGUACAGACAAUGCGAGCUCGCGUUGCAUUAAGCCCUCCUGUCGCAGUACCUUUAUCAUUGUCAUACACAGGUACUCAAUCGCGCAUGUUGCCUGAAGGCAACCAACGAGCCGAUAUGUUUCCUAGGCGAAGCUCAUAUAGCGAAGCUGGAAGAGCAAGAAGCACACAGUCCUCAUCCCACCGACGACCCAAUGGAGAUUUGCGCAAGGCCCACAGCUCCGUUUCAAUUGAGUUGGCCGGCUUGCAGAGACCUGUUAGUCCGGUUUCUAAAUAUAAACACGGUCAGACCAAAAGUCUGACGGAGUCGCCACGGAACAGCAGAAGCAAUGUGACGAGGACGAAUGCAGACGAGACAUACUUCAUUGUACCUAGUGACAGUGACGACGAGUCUUACACUUCCUGGUCGCAGCGGCCGAACAUGUCAUACCAUGGCACAUAUACUGGGUCAUCGCCGUUCAUCGACACGCCAAGAUCCGGUCGAACAAGCUCUGCAGCAUCUCGACGGUCAUCAAUCGCCAAGAAGUCUUCUUCUCAUCCCACUCGACCAAUGUCUGCUGGGGAAAUCUAUAAAUAG